UACUGCACCGGUACCGGUGCCGUAGCACCGGAAUACAGUAGUCUAAUAUAUGAAUAUAAAGUACCGUAACUGUAUAAUCUGCCCAUCUUCAGAUCUUGCGGUCUUACUCCAGUCUGUCAUCUGGUCAUGGCAUCAUUUGAUGUUAACGUUAGAUCAUCCGAAGCUACCGAUUUCACUGGAGUUGAAGAUGUUCGAUUUAUAUGUUCAAGAUGCAAACAAAUCCUUCAUCUUGAUCCAUCGUUUGCCAACAUCGAUCAACAGACCUUCCUUGAGCUUGUCACCACAGCAAGACGUUCUAACUCAACUGCAAGCGAAUCAAACUUGAGUCCACGAACACCGGAAUCAAAUGAGAGUCCAUUGGAAAAUUCAAGCUCAUCCGAGGAUGCGCCCCCACAAGAACAGGAUGUAUAUUCUUCUGGUAGUGAUAAAUUAAAACCUCAUACAACUGGUGCAGAGCCAACAUCUUCUCUUGAAUCAUCAUCCAUUGGUAACAAUAAAGUGCAUGGUAGCGUUACAAGUUUUACAAUGAUAGGUGAUGUGAGUGGUACAAGCAUGGAGACAUUCAGCCACAAAUUAAAUACUAUUGUCAAAUUAUUCGACAUUCUGUCUGCUAACACCGAUCUUGAUCAUCCACUGUGUGAAGAAUGUAACGACCAAGUACUUGAUCAAUUUGAUAAAGAACUCAAAGAAACUCAAUCAAACUGUGAAAUUUAUCAUUCAUUUUUGAAGAAGUUAGAAAAGGAUCCUGUCACUCAAGAUGAGAUUGCAUUGCUGACCUCAGAAUUAGAGAGUUUAAAAGAAGAAGAAAAAUCGUUGCUUUCAGAACUUGAAGAAACGGAAAGAGAGCGAGAGUCUACUCGUGAAAACAUUGAAAAAAUCAAAAUGGAGAAACAAAAAUUAGAAUCUGAAGAAAAGAGAUUUCUUCAAGAUUAUGCUGAAUUUCGUGCCCGGCAACUGGAAUUAGAUGAAGAACAAAAAAGUGUUGAGAAUCAACUUCGACAUGCAGAAAAUCAGUUAAAACGCCUGCAAAAAACAAAUGUUUUCAAUGCUACUUUUCAUAUCUGGCAUCAGGGUCCAUUUGGCACUAUCAAUGGAUUUCGUCUUGGUCGAGUUCCUGGUACUCCAGUAGAAUGGAGUGAAAUAAACGCAGCAUGGGGUCAAACUACAUUACUUCUUGCUUCACUUAUUAAGAAAAUGGGAUUAAAAUUAAAAAGAUUUCGUCUUGUACCGUUUGGAAACCAUUCCUACAUAGAAACAUUGGAAAACAAACCUAAAGAACUCCCUUUGUAUGGCAGUGGUGGUUUUCGUUUACUGUGGGAUACAAAGUUUGAUCAAGGCAUGGUAGCAUUUCUUGAUUGUCUCCAACAAUUCAAGGAAGAAGUUGAGCAAAGCAAGAAAGGUUUCAAAUUACCAUACAAAAUGGAAAAAGGAAAAAUUGAAGACACAGGAGGCACUGGAACAUCAUAUUGGAUAAAGCUACAAUUCAAUUCAGAAGAACAAUGGACAAAAGCAUUGAAAUUUAUGCUGACCAAUUUAAAAUGGGGACUUGCCUGGGUGUCUUCUGAAUUUUCAUCAAAUACUUCGUCUUAAUUCAAACUGAAACUCUUUGCAUGGUAAUGCAAGCCACCUAUAUUCUGCUUUAUAUUUGUAUGUUGUAUUAAAAAAACAGUAAAUAAUUUCUGAAAAGCUUGUGCUCUUUCCUAAAUUUUCGUCAUAUUAAUUUGGAAUGUUCUGGAAUACAUUUAUUGUAAAUCGGGUGAAUUCAACCACAAAACAUAUUCUGAUUUAUGGAAUGUACAUUGUAAGCUUCAAAGACUAGUGAAAGACGAAAGAGUAAAAUAACUCAGAAAUGAAAAUUUUGUGGAUUUCCAUUUUGUGUGGAAUGAGCAAGAUAAGAUUUGUUUUUGGCCUAAUUUAGCAUGUGUGGCCAAACACAAGAAAACAAACAGUCUUGCCUUCACCUAUUAACUAAAUAUUUGAUUCGAUCAACCAGUCAUAUUUCAAAAAUUAGAAUUGUAUUAGUUGUGUUACUCCUGAUGAUGUUGAGGCACUUGAAUUAGGUACCUUUUAAAAGUAAAAAGUGAACAAACUUGCUCAAAAGCAAUGUCAAAGUCAACUUUUGGCAUGUUGAGAGCUACUAGAAUCCUUAGGUUAUUGGGAAUCCAUAUGUGGAUACUGGUUGAUGAAAUACUUGAGGGUUGAGGCAGUUCUAUUCAAUAGCAAUAUGAUACUUCCUGACUAGUAUGUACAAUACACAGUGCUUUUGUUGAAUAUAAAUGUAUUUUAUGUCUCAAUAUAUUAUGACAUUUGUUGUUUGAACUCUUAUUGUUUUGAAAAUAUUGUGCAAUAUUUAUUAAAUGUUUCACAGAUGAA